AUGGGAUUUUUCGACAAGGUUAUAGAGUUUGCAACUGAAAACAGUGAUAGGGGAAGCAGAGAAAAUAAUAACUCUGGAUCUUCUAAUGAUAGAAAUGACGGUCCCAAUUUUACUGGGAAUGAUAAUAAUUCCUCUGGAUUUUCAAACAAUAACAGUAACGAUUCUGGUGACAACAGAAACAGAAACGACAAUAAUGAUUUUCUAUCAAAGGCUGAAAAUCUAAUCGGCCAAGAAAAUGUUGGUAAAAUCAAGAAUAAAGUUGGUGAGAGUAGGUUUGAAAAGUUUGAAGAGACGGUGCGUGAUAAGUUUUCUAAGACCUCUUUGAAUGAUGACAAUAACCAAAAUAAGCAAUCCUCAAGCGACGAAGGCAAGGGUUACUAUACAGGGUCAGCAGCUGAAAGAAAUAACUCUUCAUAUGACAAUGAAUCGAGUCCAAACAAGUCUUCUUAUGGCAAUGAUUCCUAUGGCAACGAUUCUAACAGAAACAAGUCUUCUUAUGGCAAUGAUUCAUACGGUAACGAUUCUAACAGAAACAAGUCUUCAUACGGGAAUGAUUCUUAUGGCAACGAUUCUAACAGAAACAAGUCUUCUUAUGGCAGCGAUUCCUAUGGCAACGAUUCUAGCAGAAACAAGUCUUCUUAUGGCAGCGAUUCUUAUGGCAACGAUUCUAACAGAAACAAGUCUUCUUAUGGCAGCGAUUCCUAUGGCAACGAUUCUAGCAGAAACAAGUCUUCAUAUGGCAGCGAUUCCUAUGGCAACGAUUCUAACAGAAACAAGUCUUCUUAUGGCAAAGAUUCAUACGGUAACGAUUCUAACAGAAACAAGUCUUCAUACGGGAAUGAUUCUUAUGGCAACGAUUCUAACAGAAACAAGUCUUCUUAUGGCAGCGAUUCCUAUGGCAACGAUUCUAGCAGAAACAAGUCUUCUUAUGGCAGCGAUUCCUAUGGCAACGAUUCUAACAAGAACAAGUCUUCUUAUGGCAGCGAUUCAUACGGUAACGAUUCUUAUGGCAACGAUUCUAACAGAAACAAGUCUUCUUAUGGCAGCGAUUCAUACGGUAACGAUUCUUAUGGCAACGAUUCUAACAAGAACAAGUCUUCUUAUGGCAGCGAUUCCUAUGGCAACGAUUCUAGCAGAAACAAGUCUUCAUAUGGCAGCGAUUCCUAUGGCAACGAUUCUAACAGAAACAAGUCUUCUUAUGGCAGCGAUUCCUAUGGCAACGAUUCUAACAAGAACAAGUCUUCAUAUGGCAGCGAUUCCUAUGGCAACGAUUCUAACAAGAACAAGUCUUCUUAUGGCAGCGAUUCAUACGGUAACGAUUCUUAUGGCAACGAUUCUAACAAGAACAAGUCUUCUUAUGGCAGCGAUUCAUACGGUAACGAUUCUUAUGGCAACGAUUCUAACAAGAACAACUCUUCUUAUGGCAAUAAUUCAUACGGUAACAAUUCCUACGACAACGAUUCUAGCAGAAACAAGUCUUCUUAUGGUAAUGAUUCGUAUGGCAACAACUCCAAUAGAAACAGGUCUUCCUAUGGCAAUGAUUCUUACGCUGAUAAUGAUAGUAGUCGUCGUCACGACAAUAGAUCAGGCAGAGAUUGGUGA